AGCAGUAUUUUGAACAUGAAUUCGAAUUUCGAUAAUGGUUCGGAUAAUAGCCGUCUAACCACUAUUUUAAAUCCCUUCGCCGAACCUCUUGACACUUCAAUUUUUCGAGCCGAAUUGAAAAAAACUUCGCAAUCGCCUCAUUUAAAAGAACUCACACCACCUCGGGCUAAUGUUCAAUGCAUAAAACCCGAGGAGCAUAUAGACACGAGUAAUGAGAACUUGGAUUGUAAUUCUGAUGAGUCGGAAGAGGAGGUGGUUUUAGUGGGAACUAGCAUUUCCAACUAUUCGGUAAUGAAUCAUAAGCGUUCGUAA